AUGAGUGCAAUUCCGAUGAAAGUGAUCGAUAUGGUGGAUGUAACUGUAGAUAAAGCAGAGGCAGAUACAAUUAAUAUUGAUGGUUUUAAAAAAUUGAUAACUGAUUUGACCAUCAAAGACAUAUGGGGAUUGGUGUUUGAUACAAAAUCUCAAGUUUGUGAAUUUUAUGCCAAAUAUGCCAAGUGCCAUGGAUUUGUGUCCCGAAAAGACUUGAAGACGGUAGAUGCAAAUGGCAACAUGAAUACAAUGCAAUUGGUUUGCAAUAAAGCAGGAGAAAGAUAUUGGAAGCACCUUAAUAGGGACAAUCGGCAAAGGGAGCAUAGGGCAAUUACUCGUGUCAAUUGCAAGGCUAGGAUUCUUUUCGUUCGUCACUGUAGGAUGGGUAAGUGA